CGCUUUUCACCCUCUGAUAUCUCCAAUUUGCCCAUCCAAAAUUCCCUUUUCUUCGAUUCGGGCGCUGUUGUCCUAGGCGACAAAACAUGCGGUUCACCACGGUCCAUCUGGCCCUCGGCUUGUAUACAGCCGGGGCCCUCGGACUGGCUAUUCGACAAGACAACAAUAAUCAAAACAAGGAUCAGCCAGGCAAUGCGAGUGAUACAUCUUGGCAAAGGCUGACAUGCAACGAGCAUAACAUCGGAAACUCCGGUGUGCAAUUGUCCGAACGAUGGGGUAUUGCCCGUGCAGACAAUGCCUGGGCUCUGGCACUCCAGAACUGGAAGGCCCACAAGGAAAACCCCGAUCAUAGGAAAAACUUUGCCGGCGAUUUUGCCGUGACAUUUGGCGCCAAGGACGGCUUCAACUGUGAGAAUAUUGGCAAUGACAAUUGCAACGACAUCAUCGAGUGUGACGACACCAAAGCAGGACCAGCCGGGUCCAUCAUUUUGAACUCCUUUGCAGCCCUCCACAUCCUCUACUCGCAGCUGCAUACGUCUGUCUACAACGCGGCAACUGGGCUCAGUCCCGCGGCCUUCGUCCAGGCUUUCGCUCCAAACAGUGGUAAUGAGAAGGAGAUGGUUGCAACAAUCAUUGACGCUGUGAGCAUGAUCUUCACGUUUGGCAUUGCCAGUGGUUUUCAUGGUCUAGAACAAGGACUGAUGAAAGUCCCCGACCUCGUCAAGUCGGCGGGUGGAAGAGGAAGUAGUAGACCUGGGUCAUCACACAGCCAACAAUCAUCCGACGAACGGCAAUCGAACAAUGGAGGGUCGUCAUCCGAGGACCAGCCAGAACCUGUAGCAGGGUCAUCGACUGCGCAAGAGGAGCAUAGCCAGAAGCGGUCAAAUCGCAGGUGGGCUGGGCCUCAAAAUAGCGAGGGUGAUGAAAACAUCGAGAUGACCAGUAUCAACGACUCCGCGGGUUCAUCCAGGCCAGGAUCGCCGGGUUCGAACGACAACAACAAUGACCAUACGCAACAGCAACAGGAGCAGUCUGGUAGUGGUCGGAAAUUCGAAGGCAAGGGAUUUGCGUUGGACUUGGCUUAUGGAAUCACCGGUAACCUUGGGGCGUGGAUGAAAGACCGAGUAAUGCCAAAUGAUGAAGGGCUGCAAAAUCUGGAGACCGUCGACAAGGCACUUGCGCAAUCCGUUACCAGUCUUGGCGAUGCCUUUACCGACUACGUGAAGGACUUGUUCUCUGGCGAGGGCGACCAACCCGAGCAGCUUCUAACAUUGACUGGCAGGGGCGCAAUCAUGGAUGUUGGUGUUGACCUCGGCCAGAUCACCGAAUCCACCAGGAAGCUUCUGGGUGCCAAGAUGAUCCAGGCCGCCUGGAGCGUGGCCCCCGAAGGCGCCGGCGCUCAUCCAUUUAUCCUAAAAACAGACGAGCCCUGUGGACUGGACGGCAAUAUGAUCAUUCCCGGGGGGUACGACAAGUUUAUCCCUCAUGAUGACAUGCGAAAGGCCCGAGCAUGCUACAAUCAGAAAACCGUCCUUCUUCUCCAUGGCUGGCGAAAGGGCGCAGGUGCCCCACAAGCAUCGACUGGGGGGUGGGGCGCAAAUGCUUUGGUCGGCGUCGAUCAGCUGGACGAGAAGAACAAGGACUUGGCGGGAAUCACGAGGGACGAUAUUGCUUUCAGCGCCAUGAUGAACUACGAGAAGCACGAGAACAGUAAUAAGGCGAUGGGUAAGGCCCUGGACAUUGAUACUGUCAUUGGGGACCUGCAAAGCAAGCAGUUUGAUAUGUCGGAUUACGAAGCUGCCGUGCGCACACCAGGCCUCUGGAACAUCCCAGUCUGUGAGAACGAUCCUACGAGCUUGGAACGAAAUCUCAGAACCAUGGAUCCACAAAACAGCAACUACUGGCCAUGCAACACCGCGCCUGGCGAGAAAUACAAUGGGAAGGGCACCAAUGUGCACGCGAACAAUGGCUGCAUUGUUGUUGAGAGCUCAGGUAUCUGCGCAAAGUCGUUGAGAAGUGGUGGGCCUGGAAUGAAGCAUAGCUCCACCUUGGUUAAAGACACGGAUGAUGGUAGUGGCCGUACCAAGGCACGAAUCUAUGCCAAAAUUGUUGAUCGGAAGGACUCGGAUAAGACUUACGCUAAGUGCGAUGGAGAAUUCUCCUGGCCGUCCAAUUUUGAGGAUGUUUACUUUGGGGAGGAUAACAAGCUCUAUGACAGCAACAGCCAAGAGAUCAAGACUGAGGACGGGAAGGAGCAAGUGUGCAAUGACCACCCAGAUGAUAAUUCUCCCGUGGUGGACAACCCCUACUUCUAUGAAAACUGAGUGCAAAUUGACUGAUAAGGCUUUGAUUCUUGUUAUUCUUUGCAGGGGGUACUUUGUUUUUCUUCUCUGAUUCAAUGUUAGACCUAGG